AUGAGUGAGGUCGGACUCACCGACCUGUCAAGGCUACUUCACUCCAAGCGCAAUGAGAGCAAUGCAAUCGUAACGUCGCGGAAGAGGAAGCUUCGCGAGUUGUUCGCGGUCGCGACACAGCCCGCAGGCUUCCCGCAUGAUGCCUUCACCAAGCCGGACGCGCCAGCCCCGACACAGGCCGAGUCGGACUUCUUGCAGGCAAACGAAAUAUCACAGUACGUCCGGGCAAUUGGUCGAGAUGAUUUUUGUGCAACCCCGAGCGCGUUUGCGAGCCAUGUCACAUGCCGCGAUUCACUAACACGCAGCUGCAGAGGCAAGAAGCUGAACGAGCAAACGAUCCCGUCCCGACAACAACUCUCACUCGACGUCCUGAGGAAGUCCUUUGCCAUCCUAGGCUAUGGACCAACCGUCGCAGCCCUCCCGUCACCGGCGCCGUCGCAACAGAAGCCCAGCGAAGACGUAAAGCGACCGGAAUUCACCAAGCCGAUAACACCACCAACGGCCCCUGCGACCGUCGAGCCUGGCCCUGUUUCCGCUCCUCCCAUCCCUCCCCAGCAAACUAAAAUUGCGCCGCAGCCGACGAAGCAAUCACCUCCCGUUCCUAAAUCGAGUCCAGUCCUACCCGUUCAAACACAACCGGUCCGAACGCCCGUGCCUGUGCCUGUUGCGAAGGUGCCUUCAGUCACGCCCGUACCGAUCCCCGUGCCAGCCUCAGCGCCACCUUCGAAGCCCGUCGCUGCGCCAACUCCUUCUCCUAAACCGACCCCAGUUCCUACGCCAGUACCUACGCCUGUCAUUGCGCCCGUACCUCCAGUUGCUACUAAGCCUGUCCAAGCUGCGCCUGCUGUUGCUAAUGAUGUCACGAAGCAACCACAAGUCCAGACACCAGCUCUACAACCUCGACCGGCGCAAGUGACGUUCCCUCCAGGCACCAAGGAUGCGCCCCCACCUACGAAGACACCAGUUCCGCCGCCGAAGGUAGAGCAAUCAAAGGAUGUUACGGACAGCAAGGCGGAGGCCGAGCCACCAACUCAACAGAGCGCCAGUUUACCAACGGUGAAGACUCCGACGGAUACGACUCGUGUUCCAGACACAGUCUCGACGCCUGGAUCAACAUCUCCCAGCGCUACUACUCCCGUUGUUCAUGAUGUGUCGGCCGAUACAAGCCCGGAGAACGAGGCCCCUAACUAUCCGGAACCUGCUGCACAACAGUCGAAACCCGAGGAGGAAGAGAAGGAUUCGACACCCACGCCCACGCCGGCGCCGGCGCCCGUGCCUGAACUCAAAGAGCAGCCUGAGAAGACGCCACCCCCUGCCGAGGUCUCUGAUUCGCGGGCAGGCUCUGAGUCGGCAGAGGAUCAGCUUCUCCAGGAAUCCAUUCAAUCAAGCAAAGCGGCAGCGGAAGCAGAAGCAGCUGCUACAGCUGCCGUUGCAACUCCAGAAACUAAACCUAGUGAGGAGCCUAUUGUCGAGCCUGUCAAGGAGGAUGCGCCAGCGCAAGUUGAACGAGAGAAGACCCCAACUCCUGUUGUUGAGCAACAGCCGACACCUCAACCGGAGGCUCCUAAAUCGGAUCCUGUAAUAGCUCCUCCACCAAGCGAGACGAAGCCUGCGGAGAUUCCAGAUAGUCAGGGAGCUACGCCCGAGAAGAUGGAAGUUGAUUCAGUCGAGCCAGCCGAGGUCGCUCCAACCGAAAGCCCUGUUGAAACAGCUCAACCAAGUGUCCCAGAUGACAAGAAGUCAGAAGAAACCCUGAUAACUCCUAUUACACCUGCAGUAGCGGCUCCUAUCCAGAAGGCAGUCCCUCAACCGGCAGAGCGGGCAGUCACCCGUGUCUCAUCGGGUGCUAUGCGACCGAAGUCUGUCAGUGAAAUCGUUGGCUACCCUCCCGUUAGACAGGUUGUGAACAAGCCUGCGCAAUCCGAGGAGCCUCAAGACCGACUGACGCCUCUGGCCUCCACACCCCAAUCCUCAUUUUCCCGCACUCGCCGUGUCUCAUCUACCCGCAAGGAUAGGAAAGUCUCAGCGGUUUUAUUUGGCAAACAGCCGAAGCGUGUGGAGGAGAAGGAGUUGGUGCCCAGCUCCAAGGAAUCAAUCCAGCCGUCAGAUGACUACUUCACCCCUUUAUUCGUUCAGGGAUUCGCUGGAAGUUCGACCUGGAUGCAGCCAAUGCAAAACAAACUAUUCCAUGCCAAUAAGACAAUCGCAACACCCGAUGCUACCCUCUGUAUCCAUGAUCACCAGGCGUGCAGAGUUUUGCGGCGAGUCUAUCAUCUCCAGUCCACUGACAAAUGGUCACUCAGGCAACCGAAGCGAUGCGAGGAGCCCGUCCGGACGACUUCUCACUGGGAUCUCCUUCUCCAGGAGGCCAAAUGGAUGAGAACUGAUUUCCGAGAGGAGCGCAAGUGGAAGAUGGCUGCUGCUAGAAAUCUGGCAAUUGCGUGUGCUGAAUGGUGCGAAUCCUCGCCAGAGGAGCGCAAAGCCAUGCAGGUUCCGGCCGUGAUUCCACCGAAGCCCACUCCGGUUGAAGACGAGAUGAUGACGGAAGUUGCAGACAGCCAGGCGACACCAGAUCUCAUCCCUGGUGACGCCGACUCGCCUCAGGUUGUGGAGGAACUGACUGAGCUCUUCCCUGAGACGAUAGCACCAUCCGCCAUCUUCACCUUGCAAGAGGACGACGUGGUCUUUGGACUGAGAAGAACACCGGUGGCUGAUCAACUAUUAGAUGAGCUUCCUAUGUAUGGUGCCCCGCUCAAGAUUCCUAGAGGCGACCCAACAGCGCCUGAUGUCGACCCCGACUCUCAUUGGCGCCGACCUGCUGUACCUAUUAGCAAGUAUGUCGAAGGAGAUAUGAAACUCGCGUUGGAUGGACCUCCACGUAAGAGGAGCCGUUAUCACUAUAGAAAUGAGGAGUCGGACGAUGACAGCGAUGAUGGAUUUGUGGCUCAGGACACAUCAGCACGCGUCAACGUGGCCCCGAUAUCAGAUGAGGUCGCUCUGUUUAAUCCCGAGAUGAAGCACAUUCGCGAUAGACUACACGCGGGCCACCAAUUCCGCCCGCCAACCGACCAUGCCAUGCCAUCACAGAGCUUCUACGAGUCACGUAGUCCUUCGAUGUGGACACUGGCAGAGGAUGACGAGUUGCGAGCUAGGGUCAGGGAAUAUUCCUACAACUGGCCGCUUAUUUCUAGCAUGCUGACGAGCAAGUCUUUAUUCAUGGCUGGCGCUGAGCGACGAACACCUUGGGAAUGUUUCGAACGAUGGAUUCAGCUCGAAGGCUUGCCAUCAGACAUGCAGAAGACACAAUAUUUCAAAGCAUAUAAUGCUAGGAUCGAGGCGGCACAACGCGUCAUUCAUCAACAGAACCAGCUUGCCGCCCAGCAAGCCACCGCCGCCGGAGCUGCGGUGCCACCGAUUAGGAAACGGCCAUCUACUCCUGUGCGUGUGGAGAGACGCAGGAACCAGAAGCACCUGACCAUCCUGGACGCGAUGAGGAAGCUUGCCAAGAAGCGCGAGACCACUCUUCAGAAGCAACAACAUGCAGCACAACAGAACGCCGCGAACAAGAAGCCCCAAGAUCCCAUGGCACAGCAGCCGCGUGGACCCAACGGCGGACCGAGCAAGACCCCUAGGGACUACAGUCUUUUGCGAUGGGAGCGCGACCAAGCAUUGGCGGAGAGAAUGGCGGCCUUCACUCACAGGCAAGAGGCCACUAGGCGCGCCGCUCUCAUGCAGUCUCGAGCACAAGGACAGGCAGGGCAACGACCAGCUACUCCUGGUGUUCAACCUGGUCAAAACGGAGGGCAUCCUGCCGCUGCUGCCAAUGUGCCAAACGGUGUUGCACGCCCUAAUCCUAAUGUACCUGCUGCUGCUGUUCAGGCCUUGGCAAUGGCUGCACCCAACGCCGCACCUCGACCUCGGAUCCCCAUGGGUCCUCCUGGCACUCCUGGCGCCGCGCAAAUGGCUGCGGGUAUGGGAACACCAGGUCAGAUGAAUGCUGCUAACCUGGCCCAGACCCAAAUGCAGAACAUGGCGGCGCAGGGCCGAAUGCAGAUGCCUAAUCAGCAACAACCUGACGCCAGCAUGAUGAUGCGAGCCCAGCGAAUUUCAGAACAACAACGGGUAGCGGUUCAGAUGCAACAGGCGCAGCAUCAAGUUCCACUCCAAGCAGGAGCUGGAUCGCCUCAUCUCCCGAACCAGCACAGCUCACCCCCCCCUAACAUGGUUAACGGCGUGAAUGGAGUUAAUGGAAUCAAUGCCAUGAAUGGUGUGAACGGGGUAAACGGAGUCAAUGGCGCAGGUGUUAAUGGCGUGAAUGGAGUGCAUGGUGUUAACGGUGUCGCUGUUCCUAACGGGAUCAGUCAACAGGCUUUCCUAAGUGCCCAGGCCAUGAUGGCACAGUUUAAUAGUGCCAAUGCCGUCAACGGAGGCCAUACAAGCCCAAACAUGCAGAUGGCAGCCGGCUCCCCUGGUACUCGGCCGAUGUCUCAGGGCUUCCAAAUGCCACCCGCCAUUGCCAACCAAAUCAAUCAAUAUGAGGCGCAGAUCAGGGCAAAGAACCCCAACGUCACUCCCGAGAGGGCAAGGCAGCUGGCAACGGAGCACCUUGCGAGACUGAUGACUGCUCGCAACAACGCUAUGAGCGCUGCGGCAGGCGGAAGUGCUCAGCAUGGUAUUGCCAACAGUAUUGCCGCGACUACCAGCCCUCACCAGUACGCUGCUCUGCUCCGACAGCAGCAGCAACAACAAGCGGCCCAGCAGGCGGCCCAGCAGGCGCAACAACAACAGCAGGCUCAGGUCCAGCAGCAUCAGCAGCACCAAGCCCAGCACUCGCCUCAGCAGCAACUCCAAGCUCAGCAGCAGCAACUACAACAACAAAAACAGCAGCAGCCACAGCAGGUCCCAACACCACAACAACAACAACAACAAGCCGCGGUGGCUGCCGCUGCUGCACAGGCCCAGGCGGCAUCCAGCCCUGGACAACUCUCGCAGGCUUCGCUUAAUAGGCAAUCGAGCGAGGGCGCCACCCCUUCAGCACCCACGCAAUCAUGA